UGUCGAGGAAAAUUCAAUACAUCAUGGUUAAAAAAGAUGCAUUCAGACUCGAGUUAAUCUAUCCACUUCAUCAAACAAUUCAGUCCAUAGGUACCCAGUUCUAUUUGACCAUCGCUACUAACUCUCCACUGCCUUGCCUUCAAACAACACCCACUUAACCACUUACACGCAAUCAACCAAUCAUCAACGACCUCACUCUCAAGCAACCAUGAGUCGUCGACAAGACCACCACCAGCGCCACUACGGCCAAAUCUACAACACAGAGAGCUCUAGGAACUGGAGCGAGGAAGCUGUCAGAGGCAGCUGGGAUUCCAACUACCAGAGAACAACAUCAGCCAACACAUCACCAAGAGACCAGUCCCAGGCCUGGAGGCGACCAAGCCCCCAAGCCUACGACAGACGCCAGACGAUGGUUAACCAAUGGCUCGGCCAACAGUACAGCCACGAUCCCUCGAAUGUAAUGGAUGCUGUUUCUGAUCUCACAACUCCCACGACAUCUCCCGCCUUUAGCGACUCUCCCACAUUUCCCUCUCGAACUCAGGAAGCACCUCCAUAUCAGACACAUGCUGUAGCCAAUGACUUUCUCGCGCCGCCUUUGAGGACUUCUAUCCCCCACCGACCGCAUGAUGGCCACUAUCACAAUGCUCCCCCAGCUUCCUCUCGAGGCUCUACAUCUUACCGCCUUGACAACAGAUCCGUGGACUAUCGACACAUGGAGCCCAGGUCAGCGGAGCAAGAUCUUCGAGGAGUUGGCUCAUUUGCCGACAAUGAUCGCUCACGCCGGGAAGUCAAGUACAAACCACUCAGCAAUUGGUUUGGCCUCUGGUUACCCCCUCAAGAAUGAGCUUCGCCACAUCAACGCCUAAGAUUCGACACCACUUCAACUUCAAUGCUAAACAACGAUUCCAAGUGCGCAGACACAACUUUUGGAGAAAAGGCAUCUAGAGGAGCAUAGUACUCUUCAUUGCGUCUCGAUUUCUUUCAUUUUAUUUCUUGUUUUCCUCUCUUCUUACCUCCUUUUCUUUCCAGAUUUCUCUGUCUCUCCUCUCUCUAACACAGCCUGACUUACAUACAUGGCUUAUGUUGGGUUUACAUGUUUCCCCCAUUUUGUAUGGCAUCUCUUCUUAGAUCGGACAGUCACAUUCCUUUGAUUGUGCUAGACCAGUGUUGUGAUCUUUUCAUACAAAUCCUCUCUCUCUUUUCAUCAUGGUCUGUGUAUAUCUGAUAUAUCACAACAUUCUCUGUCUCAUGGACGAGCCAUUUAACCAAUGCAAGCCAUUGUAGGGAUAUUCAUUUCCAUGAUGCAUUUUUCAUUUUCUCUAUAAACAAAACGUUUCUGUUUUUCCUUCCUUCUCUAUCAAAAAAUGACUGUCUGUUCUAAUUCUUUAUCCCCUUCAUUCACUGACCCCCUUUUCCUUUUCCUUUCUUAAAGCCUCCAGGCCUUGGAGCAAAUCGUUCUUGAGAUCUUCAAGACCUUCAACACCGAUGCUCACUCGUAAAAGUCUCUUAUCAAUCUUAGGAUCAGUCAUCGCACGCCACUCAAUCAAACUCUCAACACCACCCAAGCUAGUGGCAUGGUGGAACAACUCCAACUUGGAUGGCAGUCGCUUGGCGACAUCUCCAUCGCGAAGAUACACUGAGAAAACAGGGCCAUAGCCAUUAGGCAUCUGCUUCUGCAACCAGCUACCCUCGACUGAUGCUUCGGGCUGGAGACUGGCGUGCUGGACACGCUCGACGAGGGCGCCAAUCGCAGAUGAAGGAUCGCGCUGCUGCUCAGCCAACCAGGCAACAAGUGCAGUAGCUGUAGCACUCUGGCGCUGGACGCGGAGCUCGAGAGUUCGCAGGGAGCGGAUACCCAGCCACCCCUCCAAGCUACCCAUAACAGAACCAAGAAGAAGGCGAUCGUUGAGGAGAGCGCUCUCCCAGUCUCUGUGCUUGCGGUUGACAGAUAGCGUACCGCAGAGCAUAUCAGAGUGACCACCAAAGUACUUUGUACCGCUAUGCAUGACAACAUCAACAUCAUACUUGAAAGGAUCCUGCAGCGGAGGUGGUGCAAAUGUCGCAUCAACAGUCAGGUAAGCACCAGCUUUCUUGGCCUUUUCUGCAUAUGCUGCAAGAUCGCGUGCCUCGCCAGUAGGGUUAAGGGGCGUCUCGACAUGGAUGACAUCGCCAGGCUCGAGGUCCUCAACAGCACAGUCCAAAGGCAGUUGCUUGAGACCUGUCAGACGAGAGAGAAUGCUGAUCACCCCGUGGCAGCCGUGGUAGCCAUCUCCAAUUGCAAUACGCUUAGGGUUCAGAUGGACCAACAUGGCGUGGAAAGCAGACAGACCAGAAGAGUAAGUAAUCGUUGGAGCGCCAAUGACGGAUGUGAGAAUUGCCUCGAGACGAGUGGUGUUAGGACCAGUUGCUCGAGAGUAGACAUGAGAGUCUAGAGGGUUAUGGGGCUACACAAGUUAGCAAAGAGUCGUCAUGAGAAGUCAGAAAGCUGUCAGAGAGUUUCAUGAUGGUCUUGGAUCGACUCCGGUCAUAAUAUUCCCGGCCAUCUGAGAGUCUCUUGUGGAGAUACCUGCAGCAAAUCAAGACGAGGAAAGAUGCACACUUACAUCAGUAUUAUCCCAGGCCUUCAGCGCGUCAGGGUCAUCGCUGUACCUGAAAGUCGUGCUGACAUGCAUAGCCGGCGCAACGGCUCUGUGUGACUGGAUACCCUCAUCGGCAUGAACAGCGCGGGAUGCCAGUGACAGCCCGGCGAGGGAGCUAUCAAGUCCGGUCCGGGCCCCGGCUGUACCGUCCGGUGCCGAGGAGACGUCCUUGAGGUUGGUAGGAACUUCGUCAGAGGCCAUGAUCUCCGUCUUUGUCUUUUCAGUUGUUUUGAGAAUUUGAUGGAAAUUUGUAAAGUUGAUAUAGUAGUCCAGGUGAGGGGCAAUCUUUGAUACGAAUAAAGACUGGGGAGUUAGCCCAAUUGGCACGUCCUCAAUGCUGUUGACUCAUAGAGAACAGGUUGCCAGAAAACCAGAGAGAGACAGAAGUUAAACUCGGCUUCGUCUGUUUCUAUAUCUGUUCAUGUCUGGCG